AUGGCGAAGUCGAAGACGAUCCUCGUGCUGAACGCAGGGAGCUCGUCUCUCAAGUACGCGCUGUACGAAUUCGCGGAUGCGCUGAAGGCGAAGCUGGCGGUGUCGGGUCUGGUGGAGCAGAUCGGCACUCCCAAGGGCGUCAUCACGCACAAGGCCCUCACCACCAACCAGACCGUCCAUGAGAAAGCGGUGUUCAGCGACCACAAGGAGGCCAUGUCGCACGCGCUGAAGCUGAUGGGGAUCAGCAAGGGCAGCAGUUCCGUGACGGCAGUGGGGCACAGAGCGGUGCACGGCGGUGAGGAGAUCAACAAGUCGUGCAUCAUCACGGAGCACGUGAAGGACGUGCUCAAGAAGUUCACGCCGCUCGCCCCGCUGCACAACCCUCCCAACCUCCAGGGCAUGGCGGUGGCGCAGGAGCUGUUGGACUGUCCACAGGUGGCGGUGUUUGACACGGCGUUCCACAGCACCAUCCCGCCGCACGCCUACACAUACGCGCUGCCCUACCGCCUCUACAAGGAGCUCGGCGUGCGGCGCUAUGGCUUUCAUGGCACCAGCUACAUGUACCUGCUGCGGGAGACGGCGAGGCAGCUGGGGAAGAAGGAGAGUGAGAUGAACAUGAUCACGCUGCACCUGGGCGCCGGUGCUAGCAUGGCCUGCAUCAAGGAGGGGAAGUGCAUUGACACCACCAUGGGAGUAACACCCCUGGAAGGCCUCGUCAUGGCCACCCGGUGCGGCGACAUCGAUCCAGCCAUCCCCAAGAUCCUCUCAGACCUCCAAGGCCUCUCCCCCGCUCAAAUCGACUCACUCCUCAACAAGGAGUCUGGCCUGGUGGGCAUCUGUGGAGACAAGGACAUGAAAGCAGUCGUAGACCGCACUGAGGCCGCUGAAGCUGCAUGCAUACCAGCAGGGGAUGACCUGGAAGGGGGCGGCCGGCACCGGCUUGCUCUCGAGGUGUUUGUUCAUCGCGUGAGGAAGUAUCUAGGGGAUUAUUUGGUGCAGCUGGGAGGGAAAGUGGAUGCUAUUGUGUUCAGUGCGGGGAUUGGGGAGAGAUCGGCGCCGGUGCGCGCGGGGGUGUGUGCAGGGUUGGAGGCGUUUGGGAUUGAGGUGGAUAAGGCGAGGAAUGAGGAGGCGAGCAAGGGCGCGCGGGAGAUUUCGGUGGCGGGGGCGAAGAUUAAGGUGAUGGUUGUGCCGACUGACGAGGAGCUGUGCAUUGCGCAGGAAACCCUGCGUGUUGUUGAUGAGGCUCGCAAGGAAGAGUAG